UAAUUAUUAGAUCUGUACCUGAUACAUCACUCUAAAGGCUGCAUAACAUAUCAGGUGUCUCUACAAGGAAAGACAAGAGAUGUAUCUGCAGCCGGAUUGUAAUCUGUAAUAAUCCUCAUCCCUGUAACUUUGUGACAUGAGUCCUGUGCAGCCACAAAUCUGCAUCAUCUUUCUUGCUUCCAUUCCAACAUUAUUAUUAUUAUUAUUAUUAUUAUUAUUAUUAUUAUUAUUAUUAUUAUAAAGAAAGUUGUUUUGAUUAUAAAAUCAUGGCAAAAGCUGAAGGAAUAAAUGACAAGCAAUUAGUAUCUGAUGAUGAUGAUGAUGAUGAUGAUGGACAAGGCCAUGAGGUCAGAGAAAGUUAAGUCUGUGAUGAUGCAGUGCGGUGGGGAGAAGAAAGUUUGACAUUAUGAUUUUUGUUAAUAAAGAUAAUACGAGAGAGGUGAUAUAUUAUAUUAUAUUAUAUUAUAUUAUAUUAUAUUAUAUUAUAUUAUAUUAUAUUAUAUUAUAUUGUUUAAAAUAGGAUGCAGCUGUGGAAUGUUCUCAUGAUAUGAAUAUUUUUUCCUUUGUUUUUCCUGCUGAAGAAUCAAACCGGUCCUGAUCGAGGUUCAGACUAAAUUAACGGCACGCACGUGAUCUGUUAUCUAUUAUGAUGAUGAUGAUGGUGAUGGAUUUGUUUAUUUUUAUAUAAGAGAUGAUGAAUAAGGUACGGAUCCGGGAUGUGGUGUUAUUUGUGCACCGUGCAGACCCCGGUGUGUCUGUGGAAAAGACGGCGUGCAAACUCACGGUGCAAAGCUCCCGGGCUUCCUCCUUCCGACUCGGAGGAAACACGACAAGGAAGGCAGGAAGGCAGGAAGGCGGGGUGCUUAUUUACGCGCGCGCUACCGUUUUAAAUCCGUUCUCCAACUAUUCUAGUGGGGUCACGUGUCAGGAAAGACGCAGAGCACGAGCGAAAAAAGACCCACGCGCGUUUCUAUCGAAAUUAUAGACGCUAAACAAUGGCGCUCGUGCCGAGACCGUGUGGCAAAAUGGCAGCCAGCGCCUUUCAGUCUGAAACAUAUGCUGCAUCAGAGGGGAGCAGAGAAGCAUGGGGUAGUUCACUGCACCUUAUUCACGGUCAUGUGUCAUAAACUGAUGGACCGACCGGUGGAUCCGCACCGACUGGCAAGGUGCCAGCUAUAUAGGCUAAACGGUCGCCAUGGCAACAGCGAGGUCUUGGUAGUCUAAGUCAUCCACGUAGAAAUCACUUCUCUCUCUCUCUCUCUCUCUCUCUCUCUCUCUCACUCUCAUACCAUACUACUUAUUAUUAUUAUUAUUAUUAUUAUUAUUAUUAUUAUUAUUAUUAUUAUUAUAGGUCGCAGCCCCAAACCUCAAACUUAAUUCCCGCAAAUUCCAUUCGUUUGCUCUUCCCGCAAGUCACGCGUGGGUAGCCCGUCGACACGCAUAACUGAUCCCUAAAACCGUCUUUGCACGUCCUCCGGUACAGCCCGAGCCGUCCUCCAACGCUAACAAGCCAACACUGUUUGCAGAGAAGAUGUACGGAAUAAGUAAACCACGACGGGUCGUGCUGUUCUAGGAAAACAAUCAACAACAGAGUGAGCCGCGUGCUUCGGCCAGACGUGAAAUGUUUCAUUCAUCUCAAGCAUACUACACAUUCAUUUACCAACAGAUCCUUUUUUUUUCUUUUACUAACACGAGAUGUUUUUUUUUUUUUUUUAAAUCCAAUUAUAGUUAGAUUUAAUAUUCCGUGCGUCCCUGCUAUCGCUUUACAGCAUGAGAGCAGCCAGGCUAUAAACGGUCGUUCCUUCUCUCUUUUUGUUUCUAAUGAAGUUAAUAAGCCAAAUAAUAACCCCAGCUUGACAUGUCGAGAAACUCGAACGCAUAACCUCCUGUUCUGAAGACUCGCAUGUUCUACAAUCUCAUCUCAUUGCAAAGGAUUAAACAUAUAAAUAAUUAUUCAUUUUUAUUGCUGAAAAACUUUUUUUCUCUCUCUCUCUUUUUAUAAUAUUAUUAGGUCCAAAUGCGCAUUAAUAUCCGACUCUAUAGAAAGCUGUGAUUUGCAGCCGGAACUACUGUCACAGCUCCUCUUAACCUGUCGAACAUUAAUCAGCACCUUCUGACCAAUCAGAUUCGAGAAUCGUAUUCCCCUCCUACAAAGCUUUAUAACACUGAAACUAAUCAACAUUUCAGGGACAGAAAAAAAGGACUGUAUGGUGCUGAUAAGCAGUGUUUCAGAUUCUCACCAAAAUUUCUUAACACAUUUAUUCUUGCUGUAAUAUCAGUAGAUUAAAAUAGCAAAUAUAAACAAACAGUAUGCAAAACUUGUCCAGAGGGUGUGCAAAUAAAAAAAAAAAAAUUUAAACUAAGGUCCAUUCGAGAACUAGAAACGUGCAUAUAGAAACAAAGUGUACUUGACCUUCAUAAACAUGUGACGUGUGAAGAUCCAGGAAGUAAAACGCAGUCCUGAUGAGACAAGAGGAGACAGGAGGAGACAGGUCGAAAACCAUUACCAUGAUUCAUGAUUCUGGUUCUUCAUCUCCUUUAGAAGUGAUGCAGAAAUUGUAACAAGAUAUAUAGCUGUCAUUAAAAAAAAUUAUUUCCAACAUCUCAAGUCCAUUCUUACUCACGGCUUACUUUGUUUUGCAGAAGGAUGCACAUAAACAUUGUAGGCUUCUAACUACGUUAUAACUUUAUUCCCAGGUCAUCCCGUGGAUUGAGGCUAUUUAUAGGCAACUGCUGACUCAGUGCCUUAAUGAAACCAGAUCACAGCUCCACACACAAGCCUGUUAGUCUGUAAUGUUAUUCACGUUCAUUGAAAAAGAGAAAGAAAAAAUCAAGUUUGUAAAUUUAACACUGGAUAAUAAAUUCAUAUUUAAUAAGCUACUGAAACCUCAGGAGCAAACCUGCCUGUUUGUUUACUGUCGUGUGACCUCAUGAGUUGCUUUUUCAGUUCAACCACAGAAGGUGUUAUAUAAACCAAAUUAUUCCAAAAUAACCGAGUUAUUAUUCGUAGAUCACAAAAGGAGGCCUACAAAGGGAAACCACAUCCAUAAACAUGCUGUAUAAAACUGCGUCAACACGGCAUCUGAAAUAGCAGUAUAGUACCUAUUGACUCUGGGCAAAGUGUUCAUUUUUAAUGCAAAUAAAUAAAAAUACGCAAAACCUAAUAGCAUCCUUUCUUUUUCGGCUCAGGAACUGAUCUGUGGACAGAUUACUGAUGACUGCGAUUUCAGUGAUGCAACUAUAGGAAAAAAAGUGCAAAAGUUUGUUGCGUUUCAGAUUCAGGAAAACAAAAAUGACAGUAUAUGGACUUACCUGCAUGAAGCAUGCAUCUCAGAUCGGUGUAUAUAUAUAUAUAUAUAUAUAUAUAUAUAUAUAUAUAUAUAUAUAUAUAUAUAUAUAAAAUUUUUUCCCCCCUGAUUGAUUAACUAGUCAAAUUUAUGCAUUAUGCAAUACAGUAAAUAUUUCUGGAUUCGAUAAAAACCUCAUCAUGCAGCUCGGGGUGAUGUGCAUCUUGCUCGGUUCCUUGUCACGUCAUCUUUUCUUUCUUGUUUUGCUUGUGAGUCAUGCACCAUUUUAGUAAACUUGAAUAAAUGAGAGCGAUCUAAAAGCUUGUGCAUAUAGGAGUCAGAGAGUUGGAGAUAUGUCAAUGAAUAUGGAAGAUCUUAUACUGCAAAAAUACAACAGCAGACCAAACCAUUUUACAAAAGAAGGAACAUUUGGUUUUAUCUGAUGAGUUUGGGUUAUAUUUUGAUCAUCAUGGUUUGGUAAGAUAGACGUAUUUUAUUAUUUGGGUUUAUUCUAUCCUGGUUAACCUUCCUGGGCGUGGGUCCAAGUCCAGGGUUCAGGACAGCUUUUCUGGAGUGGCCAAAGUGAAAGCCAUAAAAAUGACUGUUUUGUCGGAGCUGGAAUUAUGACUUGGAAAAUAGUGCUUAAGAACAAUGCAUAGUUAGUCCAGAAGCAUGUUUGUGGCUGAAAUAAUACAUUUUAGGAUGCUUGGAGAAGUCUAUAAAAGUCAAGUCAGGAUACACGUGGCAUUUUAUUAAGUGCUCUUUUGGAUUAAAAAAACAAACAAACAUAAAACACAACUUUGCAAGACUCUAAACAAUUACAUGGCUAUUUAUUAAACACACCCACCACUUAGGUUCACGCACCACGUGUGUUUAUCCGGCAGGUGUGCGAGCCUCAUGACGAUGCACCGAACCACGCGGAUAAAGAUCACGGAGCUAAACCCGCAUCUGAUGUGUGUGUUAUGCGGCGGCUACUUUAUCGACGCCACCACCAUCGUAGAGUGUCUUCAUUCGUUCUGUAAAAUGUGCAUCGUGCGGUAUUUAGAGACCAGUAAAUACUGUCCCAUAUGUGAUGUGCAAGUUCACAAAACCAAACCCCUGCUCAAUAUCAGGUCAGAUAAAACCCUUCAGGACAUUGUGUACAAGCUGGUGCCUGGGCUAUUCAAAAAUGAAAUGAAACGAAGAAGAGACUUUUAUGCAGCGCAUCCAUCUGUUGAUGCUGCUAACGGAUCGAAUGAGGAUCGGGGAGAGGUGGCUGACGAGGACAAGAGAAUAAUUGCUGACGAUGAGAUCAUUAGUCUCUCGAUUGAGUUUUUUGAUCACAACAGAUUUGGAAGUGGUAACGGGGAAGACAAAGAACCCUCAAAAGAGACGACUGUAAAGCGAUAUUUGCAAUGUCCGGCUGCAAUGACAGUGAUGCAUCUCAGAAAAUUUCUCCGAAGCAAAAUGGAUAUUCCAUGCACGUUACAGAUUGAGGUCAUGUAUGAAGACGAGCCUCUGAAGGAUUAUUACACAUUAAUGGACAUUGCUUAUAUCUACACCUGGAGGCGGAACGGUCCGCUGCCUCUGAAGUACCGGGUUCGUCCUGGCUGUAAGAAACUGAAGCUGAGCAGCACACCGAGCUGUGGGACUGCAGGUCGAAAACCUGAAACAGAGAGCGACUCGGGAAGCGAAAAGCUCAGCAGCCCAGCCCUUCACACUCCUACACCUUCCACGUCCUCCUCUCUGCCAAGUCAGAGCGCUCCAGUGAAAUCCUCACACUCAAGUUUCUCUCAUCUCUCACCGGUCAACGGAGUGUCCAAUAAAGCUGGCUCCAACGGCCAAGUCUCAUUCAGCAACAAAGCCAGCAAGGGCUCAAUCAAUGGCUCCAACUCCGUCGGGUGACAAAAAGACUUAUGGACAUGAAAAGCCGUCAAACGAAGAGCUGCAAACUCGGACGCAAAGGAACUUUAAUCAGCGACGGUGGUUUUAUCGGAUUUUGUAAGAAAAGCUACGACUGCUAACUCUGUCCCUUUUGAGUUAGCACAUGCAACUUUUUACGACUUUUUGCAGUUGGGAGCGGUUUUUGAAAGGCAGUUUCUUUACCCGAACCACCUUUUCCUUUUGUAUCAUCUAUGUAUGUUAAGUAUGACUUAUGUUUCUGUUUAGCUUUCAUUGUUUAAAUAAAGAUCAUGAAGUAUAUUUUGUGCAUGAAAAACCCAGAAUGACUGACAGGAAUCUUGAUGUACAGUACGAACUCCAAAUCUUCGGGCAACAGUGUAUGGAAAUUGAUUUUGAGUUUCUUUUUUAAGCAACAUUAAACCAGUCAUGUCCAUCGUAAAGACAAUUGAUUGUUAGCAAAGUUAUUAAGGGCUAUUAAGUUCUCAUGUUUUAGUUCAGAAUUAAGCUUUGGGAGAAGGGGGGAAAUGAAGGAUCAACUCGAAAACUUUGGCUGUUCUUGUUGAAACGAAUGGAAAUUCGAGUUCCUGAGAAAACAUUAAUGUUCAGAAAGUUCCUCAGAAGGUUCUGCUGGUGAGACAGAUCAGAGAAAGAAACCCUCGAGGAGCUUCCAGGAUUUCUGAUGAAGUAUUAAGUACGACCUUUGACUUUAUUCUCACAUCACUGGAGAUUGACUGACUGACCAGAUUAGAUUUAUUUCUCAUGCUUUAGCUUUUUUUUUUUUUUUUUCCCUCAGAGGACAUUUCAGGUCAUAUCUGUUGUGUUCCAGAACUGUCUAACUUCCUUGACAAUUAUUUUUGACCUACACUUUCAGGUCUGUGUAUCGUUUUCUGUUGUACAAUAUAAAACCUGUAUCUGAAUAAACAUUUUACGUUUU